CACACACACACACACACACACAUUUUCAUUUAGCUGUGAGUUCUCCAAAUUCAUCUGAGUUUUUCAUUCUCAAUCGAUCAACUCGGAAAAAUGUCAGGAAUUUACAUCGUCGGAGCUAUCGUGGGAACCCUUGGGCUUUCAUAUGCUUUUGACAAGGUUGUUUCUGACAAAAAGUUAUUUGGAGGCAAUACUCCGUCGACCAUUUCGAAGGAAUGGCAAGAAGAAACUGAGAAGAAGUUCCAGGCUUGGCCUCGCACUGCAGCAUCUCCUGUUGUCAUCAACCCUAUCUCUCGCCAGAAUUUCAUUGUCAAAUCCACCUCUAAAUAGGCCUCAUAAUAAGCUGAGUUCAGUUGAGGUUUUUUUUUCUUUCUUUUCAUUCUUUGGCCUUAUAAGUCAUGCUAAUAAAUAUCUCAAUGUUACUGAUGUAAAACGGUGACAGGAAAAUAUUUCCGUCGAUGGAAUUAUUUUUUUGAGACGGAAAUAUUUUUUUGGCUAUUUGUUCUUUAGAAUGUGAAUUACCUGUUAGCUUUUUGUUCAGAUUUAAAGGUCUAUAUUUUCCUCUGACAAACAUGAUUUCUGUGUGUCUUAUGAAAAUUAGUGUUCAAACA